CCUCCUUCUUCUUGCACGCCUUCACUUUGACUCCGAGCAAACACUCCCACACUUUCAAACAACGAGCACAGACAAGACACCGCCUGUUGUGCGUCAUCACUGAACUGUAAGAGGGGAUUCAAAUAACAAGCUGCGUUGAAAGCCACAAGAUGCAAGAAACGAUGACAGACAUGUGGCUUUCAACAACCGAAGUCUCUCAAGGACUCACAACCUUUACAGCCGUGAAUGACUCAAACUUCCUGGACUCCCCCUUUCGUUAUCAUCUCUUCCCCGUGGCCUACAGCAUCAUCUUCAUUCUGGGCCUCUUCGCUAACAUCUAUGUACUGUUUGUGCUGCACUGCCUACGACAAGCCAAGGCCAUGGGGGAGAUCCGGAUCUACAUGACCAACUUGACCGUCGCUGAUUUACUCUUUGUGUGUGCCCUCCCAUUCUGGAUUGGGUAUUACAGUCGCGAAGGCACUUGGGUCUACAGAGACUUCCUGUGUCGGCUGACCGGAUCGUUGUUCUUUAUUAACACUUACUGCUCCAUUCUGUUCCUGGGCGCUAUCAGCGUCAACCGAUACUGGGCGGUCACUCGGCCUCUGGAUGCAGCGUCGUCGGACCACAGGUGCCGCGGGAUCGCCGUGUGCGUUGUCAUCUGGUUGUUGACUAUCUCCAUGGCUGUUCCAUUCCUUGCAAGUCCAGGAACCAACCAGGAUGGGAACGUCACCCGCUGUUUCGAGGGCUACCAGAACGUAGACGAUUCAUCCAAAAGAAUCACGGCUGCUACUCAUUUUGCAAUCAUCGGAAUGUUUUUUGUUGUUUUUGUGCUCGUGGUGGUGUGCAACCUCCUUAUUGCCCGAGCACUGGUUUCCCAAAGUGUUUCUCAGUCCGUAUUCCAUUCCUCAAAAGGUCUAUCCAGGAAGUCCAACAUUAAACUGUCAUCUUCCAGAGGGUCCACAAGGGUGAAACAGAGGGCUGUGCAAAUGCUAAUGGCAGUUGUUGGCGUGUUUGUCCUGUGCUUCCUGCCUCAUCACAUAGUCCAAGGAUUCUGGACUCUAGCCGCACUGCAGAUCCAAGACGGAUGGGGCCGUGUGGAUUGGAACCCUAAGACAGUGCAGGCGCUCAACGACCUCCAUCAGAUCACUUUGCUUCUCAUGGGCCUCAACUGCAUUCUGGAUCCAGUGGUGUAUUGCUUCGCCACCAGGAAGUUCCGAAGGUUCAUCAUGGCUCACCUGAAGAAGCUGGCAAAAGGCGAGAGUUGCUCCCAAACAGUCACCUCACAGAUCUCCUUGGACAGCAGGCAACAGAGCCACAAACUUGCGGACGAGCCUAAUCAGCCUGAAGUGCAAUAAUUCAAACCGCCAAGCGAUGGCGUCAUGGUCAUGGACACUGCCACUGAAGUGGAACGGGUUACAAAAAAUUGUACCAAUUUCCCAAAGCUUUAAAACUGUGUUUCUUUUUGGAGGUUUGACCAAAUCAAAUAAGUAAAGUAAGUUCUUUUGUAAAGAACGCUUUCGUAAUGUGGGAUCCUUAGACUGAAUUCAACUUCCUGUGUGAGGCACUCAUCACACACACAGAAAAGCAGAAGUUUUCCAAGCAGAAGUCUAUGAGACAAUCUGAUGGAGGACUCGUUAUCUGAUGAGAAUUAACAAAAAAGCACCACAAAAAAGUAGUAAUAUUGAUUAAAAGUGUUUUUUUCUAUUGA